UCUACGACUUCAAUGUUUUCGCCACCCGCCAAAGCAUCGCCAACUUGGAAUUACUGUCACAGUAACCCAUUCUUCGGAAUUACGUCCACCGACUUGUCUUCUGUCGUCCCCCGCUGCGAGUACAAGAAGGGCUUCUCAGCAAUGGGCCGCUCAUAGCGAGAUGCGGACUAUGUAUCUCUCGGUUCCUGAUGCUCUCAAUUUCGACAUCCGGCCGAACGCAAAUGCCCCGAGUGUCCAAAAGAAGCAACGCCCUGGUGCCGUCUCGUAUACGAUUUCCGACGAACUGCAAGAGGAACGGGAUGAGAUACGGGCGGCAAAUCACCACACCGCCUUCGUCUUGCGAAUAUUGGCGGUUGCAAAAGUUCGGCUCGAAGAGCUCGUCACCUACAAUGACUGGGGACCGACUUGGGAAUUCUCGCGGGACUCUGUCCCUGGCUACCUUGACGGGCUGGAUUUUUCUAGACUGACUCGUCUCGACGUCUGCUUGCGGGAUGGGAGUGAGGCGCCUGGAGGCGCGGACUGGUCUGCAGUCCUCUGCCCACUGCUGGCGGAGUCGCCUGCUCUUAUCGAACUGUAUCUUCGGUUCACCGGCAGGCAUAACGAGCAUCCGACUGUCAGCGGGAUUUGGGAAUUGAGCUUUCCCCGAUUAACUGUACUCUCUGUGGAACAGUUAAAGCUGCCACGUACGAAGUUUCGCAGCUUCCUUCGUCGCCACAUCCAUCUUCGGGAGCUAACUCUGCUGUUUGUGAGAGAGAUUGACGGCAUGUGGUAUAGCAUUUUUAAAACCAUCCGCGAGCAUCCUGAAUUGGAAGAUCUCGAGAUCUGGCACCUUGAUAAGUGGGAGUUAGAUUGUCCCGUUCGCACUUUUUGUCAACCAGAGCUAUCUGACGAGGUGACUUUGGAACUCUACGACUAUUUACAUGGCGAGGGAGGGUGGACUACUAGCUUGUCUCAGUUGUGGGGAGAUUCGUAGGCGUACUUAGCGUAGCAAUGAGAAGUCCUGACUGGGGUUCUCCAGAAAAUUGCUGUUUGCGGUGACCGAACCGAAUGAGGGAUUCGCGUUGCCGACAUGCCUGAUUCAGGGAGGAUCGUGCUCGAAAGUGGUGCCGACCAGCGGGAUGACUUACAAUGAGUCCGCGUGUGCUGAGAGUCAAAGCACA